CUUAUCGAUAACAGAAAAAAAGAAGGAGAAAUGAGCAUGGAGAAUGUGGAUGUUAUAACUGGUGGUGAGGUACUAACAAAUCAGUUGUCGAACGGUGGCAAAGAAGAUGUUACAUCUACAUCUAUUCUAGAAUCUACCAUUGAAAAUCCCAGAAAAUGGGCAAGCAUUAUGCAUGAGGAUUUGGUAUCGGAAAUGAAUGCAAAUGAUGCCUCUGAUUUUAUUCGAAACCAAACAAACGGUCCAGCAAGUAAUGAAACUGCCGCCGCUGAGAUUGAACAUCAAGAUUCAGUGGUACAGGAAACUGUCCAAAAAGAAAAUGACCGUUCUGUCGCAAUGAAUGAAGAAAAUAAAAUAUCAGACACAGUGUGCGAGGCGGAGCUUACAGCGACAUCAUGCGAAAUGUGUCAUAAUUAUGAAUUGAGUUUGACGAAAAUGCAGGACGCAGAGCGAAAUUUGAAGGAACAGUUAUCUGCUGCACAACAUUUGGUUAAUCGUUACCAGAAUGAACUGUCUGGAGAGCGCUUGUACAGGAGGGAAAUGGAAACAAAAACAACCACGUUAUGUGCAGAUAAUGAAAAAGAAGUGAAUAUAGCAAAAAACGAGAACGAAAAGUGUGCUGAUCAGUUGGCUAUCGUUGAUGAAAGAUGUGUAAAAUUGAUACAAGAACAACGAAAGAGUAUUGAUCGUUUGAAGGAACGUUUAAACAUGAUGAAUAAAGAUAUGCACAAUUUGAGCAAUCGAUAUUUAAAGUUGCUUGGUGCCAAUCGUAAAUGCUCCGCGGAAAUGCGAGAUCAAACGAUAGAACUGCCUCAGGAUGUCGAUCAGUUGCAAUUUUUAUGCCUCCAACUAAGGGAAGAAUUAAUUGAGACCCGUGCAGCCAGAGAACAUGCUGAAGUAGUGUUGAAAGAUGAAAUAACGACACUGGAAACGCAAAGAAAAGAAGAUGAAAUGGAAAAGAGAAGAAUUGAGGAUGCUUACACUGAACGUGUAAAUGGAGUUAGUGAAGAACUUGGAUUUGCGCGUAGUCAGUUAGAUUCGAUGAAAGAUGCAUCUUCGAAAGUUGAAGAAAUGAACAAAAGAAUGACUGAAUACAGGAAAAUAAUCGAGGAUUUGGAAAAGCAGUUGCAAUCAGUACAAAAGGAGCGUACUGACCUGGAAAUGACUGUCGCUUUAUAUAAGCAGAAAUGCGCUGCUUUACAACAGGAGUUGAAUACAUCGGAGACCGUGCAAAAGGAUUUCGUCAAACUUUCACAAAAUCUGCAAAUUGAACUUGAAAAAAUUCGACAAGCUGAACAGGAAGUACGGUGGCAGUUCGAUGAAGAUGUGCAUGCAUGCAAUCAAUGUCAGUCAAAUUUUUCCAAAAACCGUAUUAAGCUCCACUGUUACCACUGCGGCAAGAUUUUCUGCUCAGUGUGCUUGUCAGCAACAAUACCUAGUGGACCACAUCGAAGGCCAGCAAAAGUUUGCCAAGUAUGCCAUACCCUUUUAAGCAGGGACUCCGCACCAUUUUUCUCACAUAAUUUGGCAGCUACCUAGUCAUGAUUAUCAGAUCAUUCCAGAUAUCCCUGUAUCUCAAAAAAGCCGUAUUAUGCGAUCGUUUUGACGAGGUAAAAAGGUGUG